AUGAACAUGAAAGACCCCGAGACCCGCCCGAGACAGAAAGGAGACGGCCACGGUCCUUUUGGCUAUUCAUUUUUAUCACCCAUGGAUACCCCUUAUGAGCCUGCACCGGCGCCGCCUCCAGGCCCGGCUCUGCUGGACGAUAAUGAGUCCAAUAUGCUUGACAAUUUCUUCACGACGAUGAAUUCAAAUCAUUUCACCGACGACUUCUGGUUGCGCAAUCAGACGAACAAAUUCCUGGAUCCAAUCAACUUCGAGUGGUCUACCGAAUUACCACCGACGUUUGAAGGCUCCACCACCUCACUUGGACAGCCAUCGCACGCCCAGGACAUGGAUAAACACGGAACAGGCCUCAUGCCAAACCACACGAACACGAACUCGGAUAUACUUGCUGCAGCCUCCAUGCUUUAUCAAAAUGGGAUGGUUGGGUCCGAUAUUAACCCGACGUAUGGGCAUCAUUUUCCGUCGAUACCGGACAUGAAUUUCAACCGUCCCGUCACAAACGGCCAUGGCAAGAAUCCUCAGCCAAGCAAUCAUGUGGCCAUUGAACAGCCGAGUGCCACACCUGCACGCCUUCCUGUUGGCUUUCACACCUCGGAAAUGCUUUUUGAUGUACGAGAGCCGAUGUCCGCCGAGCAACAAGCGUCGGCGAAAGUAGGGCCACUACACUGGGGCUCUGAUAUCAGUUUCAUGGACCAAGGUUAUAUAGCACCACCUGAUCAGCCGAAUGAAGAGGAGCGAACGAAGGAACUCCUUGUGAAAUUAGAAUGCCUCGAGCCCCAGAGCAGCGCGGCAAAUACUCGAGCACCUAGCCCUGAACGAACAGCUAGCAGUUAUAAUCCUCAGUGGACAGAGUCUGGCCCUGCUGGUCCACUUCACAAUUUACCGAGGGAUUUUAAUCGUGGCUUGGAGGAAUUCUCGCAGCCAAAGAAGAGGCAACGGGUUUCCAUCAAGCAGGAAGACGAUGAAAACUCAGACGCGGAUAGUGCGAGACCCCGGUCAAGACGGUCCAAGAGUUCGGCCGGCGGCAAACCCCGUCGCACAUCGAAUGAGACAUCCAGAAAGCCUAAAUUGCAGCAAAGCAACAAAGCAGCACGCGAGAACCUGACGGAAGAGCAGAAGAGGAACAACCACAUCCUGUCAGAGCAGAAGCGAAGGAAUCUGAUCAGGCAAGGCUUUGACGAUUUGUGCUCACUUGUGCCCGGGCUGAACGGCGGCGGCUUUAGUAAAAGCGCAAUGCUGACGCAGGCUGCUGACUGGUUGGAGGAGAUAUUGCGGGGGAACGACAUCCUCAAGGCACAGCUAGCGGAGUUGAAAACUAUGAACGGCCUCGUGAUGCCACGAUGA